ACAGGCGGAGGGGCCAGUUCCUGUUGGGUCGGGGGCGGAGUCAGGGGUAGCCUGAGCUCCGCCCGGACGCCUGGGGGCUCCUCCUCCUGUUCCUCACGGCGCGGCGGGCGGCGGUUGUGAGGGGAAUGUCACUGCCGCUCCGAGAGGUGGUGCCGCCUCCGACUGCUCCUGCUCUUUCUCUGGCGCCCUCGUCCCGUCAGCUUUCGCCGUUGCCGCAGCUGCACUGAGGAGACGGAUGGCUAGAGGGGCGCAAGGGCCAUCCGAGUUGAGAGAGCGGCGGUCGCGACCACUGCUGAGGCGGAGACUCCCCGCCGCCGCCUCCACCCCCAGUUUUCUGGCCUCGCGGCGCUGAGGGCGGGCGCGCGCCGCGCUCUUCCCUCCUCCCUCUCCUCAUUCUUCCUCCUCCUCCUCCUCCUCCUCUGGGUCCCCGCCCAGCACCCCUCGCACCAGGCGGCGGCGGCGGCGCGGAGCGAGACCCGCCGCCGGGGCACAACAUGGCGGAGCCCUCGGCCCCGGAGAGCAAGCACAAGUCGUCCCUCAACUCGUCCCCGUGGAGCGGCCUCAUGGCCCUGGGGAACAGCCGGCACGGGCCCGGAUCCCAGUGUGCGCACAAGGCGGCGGGCGGCGCGGCGCCUAAGCCGGCCCCCGCGGGGCUGUCCGGGGGGCUGUCGCAGCCGGCCGGCUGGCAGUCUCUGCUUUCCUUCACCAUCCUCUUCCUGGCCUGGCUCGCCGGCUUCAGCUCGCGCCUCUUCGCGGUCAUCCGCUUCGAAAGCAUCAUCCACGAGUUCGACCCGUGGUUUAACUAUAGAUCAACACAUCAUCUUGCGUCUCAUGGGUUUUAUGAAUUUUUAAAUUGGUUUGAUGAAAGAGCAUGGUAUCCACUAGGAAGAAUAGUAGGUGGUACUGUUUACCCAGGGUUGAUGAUAACAGCUGGCCUUAUCCAUUGGAUUUUAAAUACGUUGAACAUAACAGUUCACAUCAGAGAUGUAUGUGUGUUCCUUGCACCAACUUUCAGCGGCCUUACGUCUAUAUCUACUUUCCUGCUUACCAGAGAACUGUGGAACCAAGGUGCAGGGCUGUUAGCCGCUUGCUUCAUUGCCAUUGUGCCAGGCUACAUUUCUCGGUCAGUAGCUGGGUCCUUUGAUAAUGAAGGCAUCGCUAUUUUUGCACUUCAGUUCACAUAUUACUUGUGGGUAAAAUCUGUAAAAACUGGGUCAGUUUUUUGGACGAUGUGCUGCUGCUUGUCGUAUUUCUAUAUGGUCUCUGCUUGGGGUGGUUAUGUGUUUAUUAUCAACCUUAUUCCACUGCAUGUAUUUGUGUUGUUACUGAUGCAGAGAUACAGCAAGAGAGUCUACAUAGCAUAUAGCACUUUCUAUAUUGUGGGCCUAAUAUUAUCCAUGCAGAUACCUUUUGUGGGAUUCCAGCCAAUCAGAACAAGUGAACACAUGGCAGCUGCAGGUGUCUUUGCAUUGCUGCAAGCUUAUGCUUUCUUGCAGUAUCUGAGAGACCGGCUAACAAAACAAGAGUUCCAAACCCUGUUCUUUUUGGGCGUGUCACUAGCUGCAGGUGCUGUGUUCCUUAGUGUCAUCUAUUUGACUUAUACAGGUUACAUUGCACCAUGGAGUGGCAGGUUUUAUUCCUUGUGGGACACUGGGUAUGCAAAAAUACACAUUCCAAUUAUUGCAUCAGUGUCUGAGCAUCAACCUACAACUUGGGUAUCUUUCUUCUUUGAUCUACAUAUUCUUGUGUGUACCUUCCCAGCAGGCCUGUGGUUCUGCAUUAAAAAUAUCAACGAUGAAAGAGUAUUUGUUGCACUGUACGCCAUCAGUGCCGUCUACUUUGCGGGCGUGAUGGUGCGGCUGAUGUUGACCUUGACUCCAGUCGUCUGCAUGCUGUCUGCAAUUGCCUUCUCAAAUGUUUUUGAGCACUAUUUGGGGGAUGACAUGAAAAGGGAAAACCCGCCUGUGGAGGACAGCAGUGAUGAGGAUGACAAGAGAAACCCAGGAAAUUUGUAUGAUAAGGCAGGCAAAGUGAGGAAGCAUGUAACUGAGCAGGAAAAAACGGAAGAGGGAUUAGGCCCUAAUAUAAAAAGCAUUGUCACCAUGUUGAUGCUGAUGCUGUUGAUGAUGUUUGCAGUCCACUGCACCUGGGUCACAAGCAAUGCUUACUCCAGCCCAAGCGUGGUCCUAGCUUCCUACAAUCAUGAUGGAACCAGGAAUAUUUUAGAUGAUUUCAGAGAAGCUUACUUUUGGCUAAGGCAGAAUACAGAUGAGCAUGCCCGAGUGAUGUCCUGGUGGGAUUAUGGCUAUCAGAUUGCUGGGAUGGCUAACAGAACCACUCUGGUGGAUAACAACACCUGGAAUAACAGCCACAUAGCACUGGUGGGAAAAGCUAUGUCUUCAAAUGAAACAGCAGCCUAUAAAAUCAUGAGGAGUCUGGACGUAGAUUAUGUUUUGAUUAUUUUUGGAGGGGUUAUUGGCUAUUCUGGUGACGACAUCAACAAGUUUCUCUGGAUGGUUAGGAUAGCUGAAGGGGAACAUCCAAAAGAUAUUCGGGAAAGUGACUAUUUCACCUCACAAGGAGAAUUCCGCGUAGACAAAGCAGGAUCCCCUACUUUGUUGAAUUGCCUUAUGUAUAAAAUGUCAUACUACAGAUUUGGAGAAAUGCAGCUGGAUUUCCGUACACCUCCAGGUUUUGAUCGGACACGUAAUGCUGAGAUUGGAAACAAGGACAUUAAAUUCAAGCAUUUGGAGGAAGCCUUCACGUCAGAGCACUGGCUUGUAAGAAUAUAUAAAGUGAAAGCCCCUGAUAACAGGGAGACACUAGACCACAAACCUCGAGUAACCAACAUUUUCCCCAAACAGAAGUAUUUGUCAAAGAAGACUGCGAAAAGGAAGCGUGGCUACAUUAAAAAUAAGCUAGUUUUUAAGAAAGGCAAGAAAAUAUCUAAGAAGACUGUUUAAAAACACUGUUCUGGUUCCUAACUUGAAGCAGAUGUCUUUGUGAGAACCGGUCUUUGCCUUUAGCUCAUGUCGUGUUUCACAGCAGCGGAGGGUACAGAACCAUCACUGGUCCAGGUUAACAUACAAAACUCUGGCAACACCUGAUUUAAAAAAUAAAAUUGGCUUAUUGAGAACAGCUGUUUUCGAUUUGUAAUGUGAAGCAAGACAGAGCACUGCUGUACAUGUCUUAACAGCAGGUUGUUUUUUUUUUAUUGGUACAUAUUAUCCUUCAAAUCUGAAAAUUUGGACAAAUGGCACCAAAGAACCCUCUAAUUUGGUCCCUGGCACAUGCAUACUUGUCAAGGUUUUUUAUUCUUUUACAAGACCUGCAUUUUAUUUGAAUGACCCAGAUAGCAAUAUGUAAAAUACAAAUGACACAAUGUGAUGCAAGCUUCUUGAACCAGUAAAGCUAGUGCAGGUCUGAGCAAGAGGUAUGAGGAGGACACUUCCUUGAACUGUAUUUAUUUUCAUGUUUCUCCAGUGCAAAGAAUGUUUCAUCAAAUGUACAUUUUCUAUUGCUUACUGUUUGCUCUGAGAAGAAGCUGCUGUUUUAAAGAUGGACCUCUAACUCAUUGAUUCAAGUAGUUGUUUUUUUUUUAUGUUGAAAUAUUAUUGCUGCUGUUAGCAGUUGUUUUCACCAGGUACUUACAGAGCAGAUACCAUACAUGGUUCAUUCAAGGGCUAAAUUUAUAUCCUUUGGCAAUCAUGGCAACGCACAGAAUGUUGCUUGUUAGCAGGCUGGGGUUUGGCAUCCUACUCCUGAGUUGAGCACUAUGUUUACAUAAAGAUUAAGGAAGAAACCCUUAAAGUGGACAGGUAUCCAGAGUUUGUUUUGUGUGACUCUUCAAAAUGACAAAGGAUUUGUAAAAUUCUGGCUUUCUCUCAUUUUUACAACAGUUUCAUCCAUCACAGUGACUUUUGUCCUUUGCUCCAUAUUUUGUUAAUCCCUUAAGCAUUUGAUGAAACACUCUUUAAUGCUAUGUGCAUUUUCUUACUUUUAUUAAAAAUGUGACCGUUGUCAAAAAAUGCACUAAAAUGUCAAUGGAGAUUGAACAUGUUCACUUUCCAACUCAUAGGCAACUUUAUAUAGACUUGAAAUUUUUCUCCUGUUUAGUAAAAGUGAAAGAGAAAGGUUUUUCCUGCCACAGGAUAUCUUUCCUUUUUAUUUUCUUUUUUUUAAUAUAAACAAGCAUAACUUACACCACUGUUUUUGGUGGAAAAAUGCAGAAUAGUAUGUACCUUUUAUGAAGAAAAGUGUAAUUUACAAUAUUCAGUGAGAAUGUUACUGCCAAUUUUCUUUUUCCAAAGUGUAGAAUACUCUCUGAUUUAUAGAAUUCAUUUUUGACCCAGAUGAUGGUUCUUUUACAGACAAAUAAAAUGGUCCAACAUUUUCACAAAUGAAGUGUAACUGAAUCUGGAUUUCUGAUACCUUGUCAUUUGGGGGAUUUUAUCUUACUUUGUUGCUUUAAAAUUUAAUGCAGAGAAGUUGUUGACUGUAGGGAAAAUAAAGUUAAUUCAAAUUUUGUGUUAA